CAAGGAAAUGAUGUUACUUCGGCGUACGAAUAGAAAUCGUAACAAUACCUAUCCACAAAGUUCCACCAGCGCUGAAGCAGCCCCGCCACCCUAUAGCACCGGCUGGAUGCCAGAGCGAACGCCUGCGCCGAUGUAUCGCCAUGCGAUGCCAUCGGGCCCUUGGCCAUGGAUGGAUUUUAACGAAGACCUAGCACCUGGUCGCCAUAUCCAGGCAGGACGCACACAGGAUAUGUCAUGGAAGGGCUAUCCACAAAGUCUUUUCCAGAACUGGACUCCGCGUCAUGUAGAGCGCAGCAAGAUGCUGACUCGGUGCCCAGAAUUCGGACAUUGCUCGAUACACAACAUUGAUGUCAAGGACGAUGGCUUUUUUGAAAUUGGUGACGUGGAUAAGUACGAUGUAUCAGACAAUAAUGCCGACGAGUGUUGGGCGUUGUUCCGGAAGGACCGUCCAGAGGGCAUCCGGGUUCGUGUUUUGUUCGUGGAUAAAAUGACGGUCCCAGUGCUCCGAAUGUUAGGCACGCAGUAUAAUAUUGAACCAUUCUUUUUCUCCUCGUCCGUGAAUUGGAUACCCUCACGAUACCAAGAAGAAAUCAAGUUAGGAGAAGGAGACCAUAUCACAAUCACCUUACCCUUCAUACGAGCUGUGAAAUGUCCAUUGUCUCAGUCAGAAACAACAAGUAUAUAUCCCCCUAUUUUCAAGAAAACUCACCUAAUAUCGCGUAGUAGUAUAGAUGCACAGCAAAUUAUCGAUACUCAAUCGCCACUUUAUCUUCGCUCCUCCCAAUAUAUUCUUAUGCUCGAUCUUCUCUCGAUACACAUGAUCCGCACAAAGGAUUCAAGCACUAUGAUCUCGUAUCACUCAGAUACCGAUUCGCAUAGGACCAGUGCUGAACGCAUGAGCGGCCUUCUCUAUUACAUUGGCCAGAGCGUUUAUUGGCAGAAAAUAUUUUCCAAAACGAAGGACCCCACUUUCGUCUUAGUGUCUAUACUGUGGUACGCACUAUACACAUGGGAUGAAGCCUUUGAAAUAUUGUACUCCCACAUCAACGAUUUGGAAUCGUCCGUUAUUACUACGAACGAGAUGAAUCUGACCCGCGAGUUGCACGUCAUACAUGCCCACCUGUUAUUCUACUCGACGUUAUUGGAAGACUUUAGCCAAUCAGUGACUUUUGUGCUAGAGACUCCUCACCCUGGUAUGGAGGGCCUUGCAGGUGAUAAUCAGGAGUCGAACCUCCUCAAGAGAGAGUGCAACAAUUUGUUAUCUGCCAUAAAAAGGUUGGAAGGUAUCAGAGAUAUGCAUGGUAAACGUUUGCAAAACGUCAUGCAUCUUGCAUUCGCCACCGUGAACAUAGACGACAGUAAACAGAUGAAGCAGAUAUCUUACCUCACAAUGAUAUUCCUGCCUGCAGGUUUCACAGCUACUGUAUUCGGAAUGAAUGUCAAAGAGAUCAACUCAGGAUCUUAUGAAACGCUGGCACACUAUGCCAUUGCAACUCUGUUACUGACAAUCGCCACCGUUUGGAUCGUGGUGACUUUUCAAAUCAACAGCCACUUCCACGGUCCUGGGCCACAGAAGAGUUUUUGGGUGCGCUUGGGCUGGCCAGUUCGAGCGCUGCAUCGAAAGUUGGCGAAGAAGAAAAAGCAAACAGACACUACGACGGAGCAAUCUCAGAUUCAAGGUCGGGACGAAGAGAAAGGAACAGGGUAUCCCGUAUAAGCUAUGUCGCAUACGUGUUAUUGUAUACUACACCUAUUUAGUUGCUUGGUUUUACUCACGGACCAUUAUGUACAUUCACUUGUUCCGCCAGUGUGUUGGUGCGAUGGUCUAACAGGUUCCAUGAUCCAUGAUGGGCCUCGUCCUUACGACGACCUAUAAAUGAGAUUCGUAUGUCAUCGUCUGGUGGUGCCGGGGGAGAUAUACCCAUGGGGUCGCAGCGUGUUUUAGCUACUUAUAGGCCUCUUGCGCCUAAUAUCUAUCCAUGUUGAUGCAUCCU